GCCUGUUUUGGCCGACGAGAUUUGAUCACCACAAUGCCAGAUAGACUGGAUGGACUGACUGGCUCCUGUGUGCAAAUCCCAUGUUCAUUUUAUAUUCCUGACCAAAAUAAGUAUACAUUUAACAGCACAAUACAUACCUCUGGAGUGUGGAUUAAAGAAAAUCCAUACUUUGGUGGGCGCCCGGACAGUGUGAUAUUUAACAGUAGUAAGACGGUCAACAUAUAUCAAGGGAAGAUAACUGGAAACAUGUCCCAGAAGAACUGCACCACAGUCUUCUUCAAUGUAGCCACCAGUUACACUAAUAGAUACUUCUUCAGGAUUGAGAGUCAACCAUUCCGUGCAACAGACAAUGAAAAGUCUGUUGAUAUAAAUGUCAGACGUAAGACACAAUUUAACUGUUCACCAACUAUUUUUCCCAGUUCAUAUUCCUUUCAUCAAAAUUUGCCUUCCAGUCCCAUCCUUACUGUCUCAGGUGAGAUGAAGGAAGGGACCCCUGUCAGUUUUAACUGCUCUGCUGUCGCUCCCUGUCCUGAACACCCCCCUGAGCUGACAUGGACUCUCCCAACACAGUUCACAACUGAGAACCAACUGCAGGAGAAUCCAGACCAAACCAAAUCAGUUCUCUCCACGGUGACCUUCACUCCGUCAUACCUUCAUCAUGAGAAGAACAUCACUUGUACUGCAGUCUACCCAGUAGGGACAAGCAACAAGACAGCUGAACAUAACAUGAUGCUUAACGUUUCAUUCUCUCCUAAGGACACCUCUGCCUCCAUCAGUCCAGCUGAUCCAGUAUUAGUGGGCAGCUGUGUUAAUCUGACGUGCAGCAGUACAGCCAACCCUCCUGUGACAAACUUCACCUGGUUCCAGAUCAGUGGAGAUAAACCAAUACAGGUAGCAUCUGGACUGAGUUACUCCCUCAAUGUGACUGUUGGUGAUGGAGGACUGUACUACUGUGAAGCAAGAAAUAGUCACGGCUGUGGGAAGUCGAAUGACGUGCAGCUGGCUAUUAAAGGUAAAACUGGCACGUAGGGCACAA